AUGCGGCCGGUAUCAGGUCUUUUCAAUGUGACGGGAAUGACUACAAAAAAUCUGCCGGCAAGAUUCCUGUCCACGGUGGUUCCAGGUCUUCCCAAAUUCGAAAAUACAACAGAGCCAACGAGAGUCAGUGACAAGAUUCUAAAUUGGUCCACAGAGGCCAUAGAGCAAGGAAAACCACAUUUCAAAGUUGGUGAGACGCAGCUUUAUUUCCCCAAAGCAAGAGUGAUUCUGCUAAGACCCGGGGCCAAACACACACCUUACCAAGCCAAAUUCAUAGUCCCCAAAUCGUUCAACAAACUCGAUCUUCGAGACUAUCUGUACAACAUUUAUGGGCUUCGAGCACUCAAUGUCACCACUCAGCUCCUACACGGCAAGUACACGCGUGUGAACCAGGUCAUGCCGCGCUACAGAUCCGCUCAGAUAAAAAAAAUGACUAUCGACAUGGCUGAGCCGUUUGUAUGGCCCGAAGAACCCGAAAACAAGGACCCUUGGGGCGCUGCAUUGGUUGAGGAUCUCAACAAGUACCGUGAAGAACAAACCAGAAUAGGGUCUGACAAAUUCAAGCCCGGAACCGCAUUUGACGGUGCCCUAGGUCCAUACCAACCGGCCGCACAGCCAUUCAUUCCGAAAUUCUUGAAGAGAAGACUAAUAAAUCAGACUACAAAGGCUAAGCUGAAUGCAGCACGCUUGGAGAAAUUAUCAAAGGUUGAUUCCUUGGUUCAUAAAUUGAACCGGGAGUUAUAA